AUGCACUAUGUUGGCACAGUUCGCAAGAAUAGAAUCUCUGGCUGCAGGCUUGAAGAUGAAAAGAAGCUGCGCAAGGAGGGAAGGGGAGCAUAUGACCAUUGCGUUGAAGACAGCCACAACAUCAUAGCAGUAAGGUGGCUUGACAACAAAGCUGUAACUCUCCUGUCGACGUACACAGGUAUUGAGCCGACUGACACCGUUCGCCGAUGGGACUCUGCCGUAAAAGACCAUCGGGAAGUUGAACGCCCAGCCAUCAUCAAGGCGUAUAAUAAAUUCAUGGGCGGCAUUGACUUGAUGGACAGCUACCUGGCCAAGUACAGGUUUCGGCUGAAGUCACGGCGCUGGUACAUGUACCUGUUUUGGCACACCCUCAUGAUGGCCAUCGUGAAUGCGUGGUUGGUGUACCGCCGUGAGUACAAACUACUUCAACUGCCAGAGAAGUCAAUGAUGAAGCGCCAGGUGUUUCAGUCUCAUGUUGCCUCUGCGCUAGUGGGGAGGAUGGUUGCCAGACCUCGUGGAAGACCAUCACUAGAAGAUGUCCGUGAUGUCAUCGUGAAACCUCAGCCCAGAAAAGUGCGCAAGGGACCCGUGGAUGAUGUCAGGAAAGAUGCAUAUGCCCACUGGCCAGUGAAAGUGCAGAAGCGGGGCAGAUGUAAACUUUGCGCAGUGAACAAUACUAACACCUUGUGUGAAAAAUGCAACGUGAGACUCUGCUUUGUUGAGGAACGUAACUGCUUCAAGUCUUACCAUGUGUAG